AUGACGACGCCAAUGUCAUUGUCAUACUAAUUAAAGGUGGUUAACGUAGCCAUUUAGAAGUCAAUAAGUCGAUACACCUGUCCAAGAAUGCGGACAAACUCGUUCACGGUCAUAGUUUCAGUUGCACCCUGCUAGGUAACCGUGGUACUCCUGCGUACGAUUCCUCACGAAAACCGAAGACGAUAUACAAACCAACAGCGUUGACCUAACGUUUAUCAAACCAGGAUGGGUAUCAUUAAAUCAAAACAGUUCCGUAAACUUCCUCAGGUUCUCCUAAUAGGUUUGGAUUCGGCCGGAAAAUCCACUUUGCUCUUCCGACAGCAACGAGGUGUAGUGAUGGAGACGUCGCCUACUGUGGGCUUUAAUGUCGCAACAGUGGAACUGGACAAGAAAACGUCCCUCACCGUAUGGGACGUGGGUGGACAAGAGACCAUGAGGUCCAAUUGGAAAUACUACCUGGAGGAAUGUAAGGUUCUCGUUUUCGUGGUGGACAGCAGUGACCGUGCCAGGAUGGGGGACGCUCAGAAAGCCCUUAAGAAGGUCCUGAACGAUGAGCACUUGAAAGGAGUUCCUCUGAUGGUGCUGGCCAACAAAAAGGACCUGACAAACUCCAUGACUAUCAGAGAAGUGUCCACAUUGUUGGAUCUGGACAGUUACAUGGAUCGGGUGUGGGAGAUCCAAGCUUGUAGCGCCCUGAAUGGACUGGGACUCCAGCAAGCCUUUAUUUCUAUAGCUAAACUAUUAAAAAAGUCAUGAGCUGUCAGAUGAAAGAAACAUGACUUAAACAUUUUUUUAUUUGGACAGUUUUUUCUAUGUGAUUGUAAACUAAGGGCAAGAGGUUUGAUCGUAGUCAUAUUAAAACUUGGGAGAACAUAUAUAGGCAAUAUGUUUAACUGCAAACUUGUGAUAAGUUUGAACUACUGGAAUGGCAGUUUUGUAUUUGCUUUACAUAUUGUAUCUAUUUAUAGCCCUUGAUGUUCUUGACUGUAAACAUGUACCGUGACCAUCUCUUUUAUAAGUUAAAGGAAUUAAAUGUGUUGCUUUGUGUUCCCAAUAGAGCAGACUUCAAUGUAGCAAUGCAAACUGAUGACAAAUGAAAACAAGGCACUUCUUUUUUGGACCUUUUAUUCUUGUUUAAAUAUGAUACAGUAGUUGAAUUAAAAUGAUAAAUCUUACAUUAAAGAGCAGCAAAACAUU